AUGGAUUCGCGAGGCAGUGAGCAGCCUGGUGAUCUGUCCCCCGAGUCCCGAACGGACGUUGUGGGACGAUGGUGGAUUCUCUUUGUGACCGGACAUCGACCAGUCACUUUGUCCAUGUACGUUGAUGUCAUGUCUAGACACGAACGACGCCUGUCGCGCUGUGUCCUCCUUGCCUCCGAGGGAAAGGGAAAGAAAGAAAAAGGCUUCAUCUUUACAAACGAACACUGGGUCCGGAUGCCGCCCGCUGGUGGCCGCGGAGGGCUGGGCUCCAAGAGAGUUUUGUCGUUGAUCGACGCCUGCAUGCCGCCGCCGACUAGUCCCCUUUUUGCCCAUCUUUUGCCCAAGAACGGGUGCGAUGAAUACUGUCUCGGCGGCGCGGAAUGGUCAACUACUGUCCCCGCGAACCGCGAAAGCGAUGCCAUUGGUCCGCUCACACACAACCUCUUGCAACACCAGAUAUGA